AUGGAUCUCAGCAAACGCGAAGAGGAUGAGGUUGGCAGUGCGCCUGGGCAGGAUGAUGACGUCGAGAUCCAGCUCACGGGCAAGCCCUUCUGGUCAGCUGUCAUUCCUGUGUUUGCCUGCGGUGCUGGUCUCUUCUCGGACGGUUACGUGAACAACGUCAUCGGUUCCGUCAACACCACUCUUACCGCGCAGUAUGGCGAUGUCUUUACAGGCUCCAAUGCUUAUUCUUACGUCUCCGCCAUCGCCUUUGUCGGCACCGUCGUUGGUCAGUUGGUCUUCGGCUUUCUCGCCGAUCACUGGUCGCGAACCAACUCGCUCUUGGUCUCUACCGUCAUCCUCAUCGUCUUCACAGCCCUUGCGACCGGCUCCUACUAUCAUGGCGACGCCGUCGGCAUGUUCAACAUCCUUACGGCUUGGCGAUUCUUUGUCGGUAUCGGCAUCGGAGGCGAGUACCCCGCCGGCAGUGUCGGUUGCGCCGAGUCGACGGGCGAGCUGAAGGAGGGAACGAGGAACCGCUGGUUCAUUCUGUUCACCAACACCAUGAUUGACUGGGGCUUCGUGAUUGGCGCAUUUGUCCCGUACGUUGUCGCUGCUGCCUGCCACAACGGGCACUACACCACCAUCUGGAGGACCAGCCUCGGUAUCGGGGUCAUCUUCCCCCUCGUCCUGUUCAUCCUCCGUCUGAGGAUCAAGGAGCCUGAAGAGUUCGCCAAGCAGAGCAUGAGGAAGAAGACGCCUUACAUCCUCGUCUUCCGCUACUAUGGCUUUAGGCUCCUGUGCGUGUCCAUCGUGUGGUUCCUCUACGACUUCUCCACCUACGCGUUCGGCAUCUACUCGUCCACCAUCCUGUCCGGCAUCUACGGCGGCUCGGCCCCUCUGACCACCGUCUUCGGCUGGAACACCGUCAUCAACCUCUUCUACAUACCCGGGACCAUGAUCGGCGCCUUCGUCAGUGACUGGAUCGGCCCCCGCUACGCGCUCGCCUUCGGCGUCAGCGCCCAGGCCAUCGUCGGCUUCAUCAUGGCCGGCGUAUACUCCAAGAUCUCCCAGAACAUUGCCGCCUUCGCCGUCGUCUACGGCAUCUUCAUGUCCCUCGGCGAGCUCGGCCCCGGAAACAACAUCGGUCUCAUGGCUGCCAAGACGUGCGCUACGGGCGUCCGCGGACGGUACUAUGGCAUUGCCGCCGCCAUCGGCAAGAUCGGUGCCUUUGUCGGUACCUACGUCUUCCCCCAGAUCGAAAAGGCCGGUGGCAACGCCGUCCAGUCUGCCCAGUACCCCUUCUGGGUGGCCGCGAGUCUGUGCAUCCUGUCGGCCGCCAUUGUCCUCUUCUGCCUCCCCAACGUUGAUCAGGACACCAUCACGGCUGAGGAUGCCAAGUUUCGUGCAUACCUCGAGCAGAACGGCUAUGACGUCCAGAUGCUUGGUCUCGAUGUGUCUGAUGAAUGUGGGGGCAAAUGA